GUUCAUAAGUUCGUUCAUUCGUUUGAUUCGUCUAUCUGUCUGCGAUUCUGAUUUCUGUGAUUCAUGAGUUUUACAGAAAUUAUUAUUCUAAUUUCGUUGCCUAUAUAUUUUCCACUUUUUCAAAGUGCAAAAUGGGAGAACAUUAGUAGUGAUGACUUAUUGCUCCUUCAAUAUAUUACUAAAAUAGUUCGCUGAACGGAAAGGAAAAAGAUGGAGAAUAAUUUGAGCCGUAGUGGCAGCCGAUCGAGCUCCGUAUGCGAGCUGGAAAAGGAUUUUAGCGACAUGGAAAUUAUGAAAACUAGGACGAACCGACGUAACGUACUGCUCCGAACGCCAGCCGCGCGGAAAGCAAAACGAGUCAGAUUUUUUAGAAAUGGUGAUAAAUUUUAUUCAGGUGUCAUAAUUCCAGUCUUGCCAGAGAGAUACAGGUCCUUUGAUAGUCUUACAGCAGAUCUAACAAGGGUUUUAGUUGACAAUGUAACUUUGCCAAGUGGUGUCAGAGCAAUAUAUUCACUUGAGGGUAGAAAAAUAGGCAAACUGGAUGAUCUAGAAGAUGGGCAAUCAUAUGUCUGUAGUGGAUUUGGUGAACCCUUCAAACGUCUAGAUUAUGAAGCCAGUGCAGUGACCCCUCAAUCUUUCAGACUAAGUGGCCCAGAGUCUUUGAGUGAUAGCUCAAGUCCAUCCCCAGCUAGAGCUAAUAACAGACUGUCCCGAUAUUUGCAGGCAAAUGGUAGUAGCACUACUGGCAACGGGACAGCAAGAGUAAGCCCUGCUGGAGACAAUGUGGUCAGACCACGCAUAGUUACUAUUAUACGUAAUGGAGUGAAACCACGGAAGGUGUGCAGAUUGUUACUAAACAAACGUAACAGCCCCACACUGGAACAUGCCCUUGCUGCUAUAACAGAAUGUGUUAAACUAGACACAGGUUGUGUCCGUAAAGUGUUCACAAGAACCGGAUCUGUUGUCACAGCAUUGAACCAAUUCUUUGAAGUUGAAGAUGUGUUCUUUGCAUACGGAAAUGAAAGGGUCAACCAAGAGGAUUUUGAAUUGGAAUUCGAGGAAAAUAAGGCUGUGCUACAAUGUAGAAAAACUCCUAUAUCAAGAAAUUCAAGGGCUGGUCCAAAACCGCGUAUGCCAGUGAAAGCGGGUGGUGGCGCAGCUCGAGCGGCCAGCGAGGCAGGUGCAGGCGUAGCCGGCGAUGUCUCCGACGAGUCCACAGCCCCCUUACUACCACAACCUCUUAGACUCAAGUACAGCGUCGGCAGAAUCAUAGGUGACGGCAACUUCGCUGUUGUACGGAUAUGUAAAGACAAGACCACUGGAAAGGAAUAUGCCCUCAAAGUUAUUGAUAAGGCCAAGUGCAAAGGCAAGGAGCACUAUGUGGAGGCUGAGGUUCGAGUCAUGAGGAAGCUGUGUCAUCCACGAAUUGUAUCUCUAAUCGAAGAACAGGAUAGUCCUGAAUGGCUAUUCCUUGUAAUGGAAUUAGUCAGCGGUGGAGACUUGUUUGAUAGUAUCGCGGCCGCUUCCAAAUUCUCUGAGCCCCAAGCGCGUUUGCUAAUCGGCCACUUAACAUCUGCUAUCGCAUAUCUACACUCGCUUUCUAUAGUGCAUCGUGACAUCAAACCCGAAAAUCUAUUGGUGGAAGUGGGUUUGGACGGCAGCAUACGCGGCCUGAAGCUGGCUGACUUUGGUCUGGCGGUAGAAGUGUGGCGACCACUCCAUGCAGUCUGUGGCACUCCUACAUAUGUAGCACCUGAAAUACUACUGGAAACUGGAUAUGGACUAAAGAUUGAUGUUUGGGCGGCAGGCGUGAUUUUAUACAUAUUGCUAUGUGGGUUCCCUCCGUUCUCAUCUCCUGACGGUGAUCAAGAGAAGUUGUUCGAUGCGAUCUUGUCGGCUCGACUAGAGUUCCCCGCCCCGCACUGGGAGCGCGUGUCUGCGGGGGCCAUUGACCUGGUUGCCAACAUGCUGCGCCCACAGCCAGAGCUGCGCUUUGCUGCUGAGGACGUUCUCGACCACGCCUGGAUGGCGGACGAUUAUGACGAAAGCUGCGACUUCCGCACGUGGUACGAUGAAGACUCUUCAUAGCUGGGCGAGUCUCGCCGUGAAUCGAUGUCGGCACCCUUGUGACGACGCGUUACCGGCCAAGCAGAGUCUUGAACUCAUUUGAAUCUACGCUACGGCUUUAGCGUUUAGUGCUGUUCUAAUCACAGCGAUGUAUGCCUUUCGAUAUGUUAACACCAAUACCAAAGUUAUUAUUUAACAUAUUUUACUUAAAGAUACUGCAUGCAUAAAUAGUUUGUGUAUUUAUAUAUUGUUUGGUGCGAACUCCGGUGCAGUAUUAUUGUUUUGGUUUUGAAUUAUUGUGUUAUCUUAUAUUGUAAGACAAAUUCUUAAAAUGAUUUCCAUUCAGCGAAAUAUAAUAUGGAUGGGAUACCUGCGUCUCUCUUUGCGUAAGACCAGCUAUUGGCUGCAAAAUAUAUGGGUCUUUGUUGUAUAGUGUUAGCAUACAGCUUGACAAAUUGUAAUGUAGCUAUACAUUGGCGGAGUUUACGCAACCCUAAAUACUUUAUGGCUGCUCGGUUGCUUUAGUAUUUUGUUUCCUGCGUUUAUGUCAGCCAGUGAAUACAAUAUUGUUAUAUUUCGCUUAUUGAAUGAAACUGACAAUUCUAAAGAUCUCUAGAUUUCUCUUACCGCUUUAUUAGCUAUUCAGUUUUAGAUUGAAGUUUAGAUUUAAAGAAAUUAUAAUAUUUAUAACGGAUAUUUUUAUUUAACGAUAACAUUCUGUAAUAUACGAGUAAUAUAUCUUAUUUAAUUAUUUCAAUGAAUUCAUAUUUACAAAUGUAGAGCGCAAGUUAAUUGUAAUGAUUUUUUUGUAUAAUAUGAAUUGCUUGUAGGCAUAUAUUCAAUGCUAUUGCUUCUAUCAUUAUAUCUUAAUCAUAUCAUUCACUUCUUGAUUAAAACAUUCCCCUCUUGUAGAAAGAAAUCAACAGUGGACACAGAUGAAUGUAAUCUCUUAUGUAUUAUAUGAAUAUUAAACUGCAAAAUGGUGCUAGCGACAGCGAUAACAUUUUUAUGAAUGUAGUUAAGUCUUAUUAUAAACAUGUCCUUGAACACAAAUCAAUUAAUUAAAUAAUUUACUUGUUGUGGAGAGUGGACAACAUCUUUGGGUAUUAUAUCUCUUAUCAAAUAUCAAUGAUGUUUCUUUAAGAAAUGUCACAUACAAUCUAGCCAUAAAAGAUGGCAGAUUUAAAAAUGGUUGGCAAUAGGAAGUUAGUGAUACGAGACUAGGAAUCUAAUAUAAUGUAGGACAUGAUGUGAAAUUAAAUAAUAAUCCUUAUUAUUGAAUAUGUUUAUUGUAUCAACGAAACAAGAUUGGUCCCUGUUGCAGCACAACAUGUAUCAUGAACAGCAGUUUUAGCUUUUUACAGCAGCACAUGCUUGGCAUCAUAGAAGCUGGAGCUAAACUUAUUUAUAAUUAGAUAAGUGCCAAAUUCAUUUCAUUAUUGCAUAAAUAUGUAUCAUUAUUCACGCAGGUCGCAGCAAUCAAUGUUCCUCUCGAAUAUAUGUUUUAUUACUAUCAAUUAAGUUAUUUUUCAUAGUGUUAAUAUAUCACUGAGCAACACCAAAUGCAAACCACAUUAGACUGAAAUACAUUCCUCCACACUAUGAUGAUAUGACACUGAAGCUUUCCCUCACAGAGUAUUGCAAGAUAUAUCUCGGUACCUAGUGAUAAAUCUGUGUAUGUUUCCAUUUUGUAUUUGGUGGUCUUUGUAUUCCACAAUUUUAUGAAAUUUUAUAAAGAAAUUUACUGUUGUGAUUUUUACAUGAUCAGAAUUGCCUAGAUAGGUACCCCAAUUUUUAAAAAGGACUAAUUACAAAAUAUAUAAGAAGUUAACGAAAGUUGUAAAUGAGAAAUACACAGGAGAUUUAACAAAAAAAUUAAAAUGUGUCUACAAAAAAUACAGUCUUAAUUCAUUGCAUGUCAGUCAUAAUGAUUCAUAAAAUUUUAUAAUGCAUUUAGACAUGAUAUGUUCAUUGAGUAAAUGAGAGAAAUAAAUAAAUUUAUAAAAAAUA